UUGAUCAAGUCCACUUAGCGUGCACAUCUCAGUGAAUUACACUGAGCGAUCAAAACUACUUCCAGCAGCUUUCAACCUUGAACUUGCGAGUAAAAAGAAUUUUCACUUUUUUCAAAGCACAAUGGCUGAUUGCGAUAUGACUACAAAGACAGAGGGAAUCACCGUCACUCCACCCACCACUAAGACCGACAAGAGGUCCAUUGGCGAUUAUCUCUUUGCUCACCGUCUCUACCAGACAUCUCAGGCCGAGAACAUGGAACUUAAGAAAAACGCAGCGGCAAUGAGCCUUCGCCUGGCCGAGCUCCAGGCUGAAAUAGAAAAACUCAGACAGCAGCGGCCGACCCAAAGCAGAGCCAGCGAGGGAAACAAGUAUCUGCGUAACUAUGAGGAAUGUAUGAGAAAAAGAGUUACAGAGAUCGUAUUAGAGAGGCGCAGUCUCAAGGAAAAGGCCAAACGUCUGGGGCAAACCGGUUCCGAAGCCACACAACUGGAGCAGGAAAAGAACUAUGCAGAGAAGAAAUCCCUGGAGGAGAUAAAAAGUAACAUGGGAAAAGACUCCUGGAAGUUGAAACAAGAAAAGGCAAAUCUGCGAAUGGAGGAAGCAGCCUUUUCGGAAAAGAAAGGGACAGAGGAAGGUGAAAUCACACUGAUGGAUAAGAAAGAGUCUCAGGAGGAACAGAAAACGCAACUUGAGCUUCAAGCACUGAAGGAGGAGAGGCAGACCUUGGAAGCUCGGACAGAGGAGAUUGAGAAGCAGAAAAAGGAGAUCGAUCAGGCAAAAGAGAAACUAGAGGCAGAAAAACAGGAGUUGCUUCAAGAAAAAAGCAAAUUGGCGGCAGAGAAACAGCAACUGGAGGCUGCAAGGCAACUUUUUGGACAGGAGACUCGAGACCUUGACGAGGAGAAGAUAAAACUGCGGCAAGAAAAAGACGAGAUGGAAGAAACUAAAAAUGAAGUCAAACAAGCCAUCGAAAAACUGAGAGAAGAGAAGAAGAAACUUGAGGAGGACCGUAAAGAAAUGGGGAUCAAUGAGCAGGAAAUGAAGCGACUGGAAGUAAAGCUGAAAGACAUGGAGAAUGAGAAAAGAAUGGUAGAAUACGGCAAGAAAAAUGCAGAGCAGGAGGUAAUGGACAUCAAAAAGGUUCUGGAUGAAGAGAGGAACACGUUAGAGGCAGAAAAGAAACAGCUAGAACAAAACAAGGUAAAAGUUGACGAGGAGAGUAAAAAACUCGAGGUGGAAAGGACAACCCUGGAAGCUCGGGUUGAGCGAUUGGAAAAAGAACAGAAAGACUUGGAGGAAGAUAAGAAAAUGCUCCAGACAGAGAAAACUGAUCUUGAAAAAGAAAUGGAGGAGUUUUCUAAAGAGCGCAUGAAGAUGGACAGCGAGAAGAGAAAGAUUAUGGAAGAACAAUGCAGCGAGAGCAAGAGGUUGAAUGAAGUAAAACGCCAAAUUCCAGAAGACAGUGAAAAACUUGACAUGGAGAGCGAAAAUCAAGAGGUUCAGGAGGCAAGUGGUAAAAAAAACAAAAGAGGGAAAAAACAAAAGAAACUUUCAGAUAAACUGAUGGCUGUUAAAGAAAAACUUGAAGAAAAGGUGAAGAAAGUUAUAGAGAAAAAAAGGAAAGGCUUUUGGAGCUGGUUGUGCAUAUAGUUAAAAAAAACAGCCUCCUGCUUCCUGCACCUCAUUGUUCCUUCACCGCUCCCUCACCUUCCCCCCUUUUCUGUUGUUCCUAUAAACAGAAAAAAAAGGACUUUUAAUUUUUAAAUCUACAUUAUUGAACAUAUUGUGGAACAAAGGUUCACCCUAUUUAUGUUGAUUACUAAACUUAUUAAGGAACUAAAGUAGGGCAGC